AUGCGGCGUUUCUUCGCACGUACGCGAACGAUUAAUUACCUCGCGUUCCCUUCGCGCUUGUGCGAAAACCCAUCCCGCGGCGCGACCCGAACUUGUGCGAACACCACCCGUAAUUCCCAGAUUCUACUCGGACCAACGACACAGAUGCUACAUGAUCCUCCAACCGUGAUGCACCUCAUCGUCGCUGCACCAGCCACCGCCACCGCCUGCGCCUCACAGCAACGCUGCACCCUCAAAUCAAAGCAGCUCAAGCCAGACCGAGGCAGCGGAUACGUGGGUGUGGGUAGGGGGAGCGACAUGGGAAGCGUGCUGCGGGCAUGGCAUACCGCAUAUGUGUAUGGAUGGAUCGCUGCACUCACGGCUACGGUUACCGUAUCGAGAACGCCUAGAAGCGAAACGUGGUCGGCUGUCCAGAUCCAGAUGAAGGAAGUCACUGCACACACAGACACACACCCAGAAGCGGCUGCACUGCACAUUCUCAUUAUGCGACAUGACCCCAAAGCGCCCGGGCUGCGGAACAACAACAACAACAGCCUUGACGCGACUCGGAGACUCGACUCGGAGAUCAACAACGCGAGAUGUCACGUGGACUGCUCGGUUCGGCCGCCAAGCAAUCCGCCUGCAUCCAUCAGGCUGAUCGUGUCUCAUCGGCCGUCCCAUUGCCCAAAAGGACUGACCACAGCUCCUAGCAAGCCAUGGACCGCAUGGAGAAGGUCCGACUAUGCUUACUUACCCAUCGACUGCCAUUUCGAAAGUCUGAUCCUACCGCAAAACUCCAGAAGUCGGCAUUUCGUGCUCCAGUUACCUCUGUAUCCCAAUACACAUUGCGAGGACAAAACCCUUCCUCAGUCAGGCCGAGAGCCUCUUCAAGAAGGCAUGCACGCGAACAUCUUGACCUGCUCAUUUGUCUCCCUUGUGAAUGUCUUGCACGCAUCAGGCCACAAUGGCUUCCCGAGACUCCAGCGACGCCUACCUAUUGCUCGUAUCGUAAGGCAUCUCAACUUUUCCUGUUACGUUCCCUCCAUGUACUACUCGAGCUACCACUCUCUAGCUGCUGAAAUCUUUCCUUGCCUCCCUCCCACGCAACAAGACACCCAGACUACGCAACCUCACAUUCUUCCAAAGCUCGCUCUCUCUCCUAUGCUUGGUAUGGUCUCCCACCAGAAGCGCGCCUGGCGGACGACUGUGCCAUUCAUUGCUUGCAGAGUGAACCUGUUCUUGCUCAUCCUCUUGCCCAUGCUAGCUCGUACUUCUGCAUCCUUGUGCCUCAUUGUCGGCCCCAUCUGUGGUAAGCAUUGGUACCAGAUCAUGUUGAUCCCCACGCCUAGAAGCUAA